GGCUCAAGGAGAGCUGACACCCCUUCAGUGCAUCCAUUUCCACCCCUCCAUAACGUAUCAAGUUUUCCUAGAUGGUGCCUUUGGCCCGAUGUGCAAUUCUUUUGAGCCUCCUUUCAUUGCAAUUCGGUGUAAGCGCCGCAGCCGAUGCUUGUGCCGCUUCGGUGGCUUCGCAAUGUGAGACAUUCGAAGGUGAUGAUGAUGCUUUGCUGACACAGGUUGAGCUGCUGCAGACCCAUUUGGAUCUGCAAAAGAAGCCAGAUGCAAAUUCAUCCAAGGAGACAUCGGCAAAGCAGCUAGAGGAUGUGGUUGCCCAAAAGCUUCAAGCGAACAGAAAUCACAGCUCCUUACACCCAAGCAUUGUCUCCUUGGUGAGUGACAAUUUGGUAUCCUUUCUGGAUGAGUUGAGUGCGGCAACCGCACAGACCUCAUGGCCAGCCUGGAUGGAGAAGACAGCGAAUAGAGAGCAGGGACGCCUUAUUGGAAUUUCUGCCUCAGUUUUCUUGUUUCUAUUUUGCUUCUGGAUCACGACGCUCAAGGAAGUGCCACCCAUGAUGCGUGAGAGCAACAAAGAUGGACCAACCGACUUGAAGACCAUCAGCGUGGACGAGUUGAAGAAGCACAACCACCAGGGAGAUUUGUGGAUAUCAGUGGAUGGCCUUGUGGCCAAUCUCACGGAUUUUGCCACCAGCCAUCCUGGAGGAGUUGACUUACUUUUGCAGCAUGCAGGCAGCGAAGCAGCCGAGCCGUUCCACGACGUGGGCCAUUCAGAGUUUGCCUUGGAGCAGAUUCAAAAGCGAGCAGUUGGCUUUUUGGAGAAUGCGAAGACACAGGGGGCCAUCGCAGUUGAGAAGGACACUGUUUUGAGCCGAAUCUUCACGAAAGAGGAUCCGUACAACGUGCACAAAGUGUUGGGCUUCACCGUCUUGUCCAUGUACUUGUACCGGAUUUUUGUUUGGAUUUGCCAGAUAGAGCCAGAAGGCACUGACUAUGCAGGGUUCAGACCCGACUUAUGGGCAUUGGCAAGCAUCUUUAUUGUCGAGGGCUUGCAGGUUUCAUCCUUUAUCUUCACAGUCCCGCAGAACCGCCCACUCUCAGGGCCCAUGAUUUGGCAAGAGUGGCGAGCCCACAACCUGAUUUUUGUGAGCCGACUGACGAUUUGCUUCCUUGGUGCUUGGAUGGUCAACCGCUACGCAGCAAUGGCAGGAUGGCCAUCAUGGGCGCAAAUGACAGUGAACCAGCUGUCUGUCUUUGCUCAAAUGCGGCUCGCAGACCUGGCCACUGCUUGGCUGCGGGAUGACACUCACGAGACCUUGGUGAGCACAAUGCCAUACUGGGAGCACUGCCCGAAAUGGGUGGAAUCUAUGUUCCGGACCUGGUACUCCAUGUCGCAGAUCUAUACUACUGUAGUGAUCAUCAUUGCUGGGCCUGGCAUGGAUCUCUACUUUGUGAUGAUCCUUCCUUACCAGCUGUACUCUGUGCUGAUGACCUUUGUGAGGAAAGGUGUGAUCUCCUCACGCACAUGUCACGUGACAUACUUUUGGAGCCUGUGGCAGAGCUGGAUUUGCGGAUUCAUGAUGCGAUCCUUCAGAGUCUUUGUGCAGAUUCAGGCCAUCAGCAUUUUCUGCUAUUGCACACGAGUCUAUGGUCUCAACAAGUAUGUCCUUUGGAUCGGUGCAUGCUUGAGCUUUCAAUUGGUGAUGCUGAAGAACUGGCCACAUCAUUCGGAGCAAGACAUUCUGGACUUCCCUUGGUUUACUAUCACGAUCCUCACCUGGGCAAUCCUUGGAGCCGGACUGAAGUUCUUCAGCUCCGUGCCCCUCUUCGACUCUCGACAUGCCCGAUAUGUCGAGGCCAGGCCCAAGAGGGUGAUUCUCAGAAGCAAGACAAAAGUCAGCAGCAACCUUUACCACCUGAAGUUCGAUUUCCCUUGGUUCUUCCGCUGGCAAGGCUACAGCAGUGGCCUGCAGCCUGGGCAGCAUGUGAAAAUAUUGUGUGGGAACGCGUCCCAGGGACAAAGCAGUUGGAACGGCCACAUCAAUUUGGAAGAGUCGCGGGACUACCUGAGCCGGUCUUACACGCCAAUCAAUUCAUCAAAGGAUUCCACCGUUGACUUCAUUAUCAAGCUCUACCCGCAAGAUCCCCAAGCGGGAUUUCCCGAUGGUGGCAGAGGCAGCACAAAGCUCUGUCUAGAGGUCAAGGAAGGAGAGGAAGUCUGGCUGUCCGGACCUCAUGGCAGCAAGGUCUACCGUGGCAAUGGCAACUUUGUGGUUGAUGGCAAGCUGGUGAAAGCUUCCACUUGCUGUGCUCUUGCAGGAGGCUCUGGCAUCACCCCUGUGUUGUCACUGCUCCGGCAGUGCCGUGAAGAAUGCCGCUCCAGCUUCUCCAAGCCAAAUGCGAAGAGCGACGUGCUCAGAGAAUUCUCCAUCAUCCACGCGAUGCGCAACAUGGACGAAAGACUGGAGACAACAUGGUACAGUCCGCAGUCGGAGAUGGGACUGGCACCACACUGCACGGUGACACACCUGGCCACCGGUCAGAAGGAUGGUGAGUUGGUGAGGCAAAUCUCACACCGAGAAGGGAUGGCGUACAACUACGGCAAGCUGACGAAAGAAAUCAUUGGAGACAUCUUUCCACCACCCGCCGAAGAUUUGGUGGUUAUUUUGUGCGGUCCGAAAGGCUUUGUCGACGAUGUAUGUCAACCUUUGCUGAGAGAGUUGAAGUACACCAACGUCCUGACAAUGUGGUGAGUUGAUAAGACUACCCAUGAUGGGUUGACUUCUCCGAAAGAUGGAGGGCAAUAGUCAAAAGAUG